CUCCGAGACUGUUGCUGAGGCAGCUGGAGUGCAGUUGAGCAGGAUGCAUUCUCCGUGACCGACAGUGGAGUGAGUCGGUGAGGGUGGUGGUUGAUUUGCACAUUGAUUGACACUAAAUGGAUACUGGUGGCAGCUGAGCUGAGCUGAGAUGUGCAGCUGAGCAGCUGAGCUGUGGCUUCUGCUCCGUGGCCGUGACCUCGAUCCGCCCCAAUUAAACCGCCCACGCGCAGCCGCAGCUAUAACCCCGCAUCGUCCAAGAUCCGGCCGGCGGCACAAGAAGCGGCAGCAGCGGAGACAAUGGCGGCGGUGAAGCGCGCCUACCUCGCCGUCUACAACUGGGCCGUCUUCUUCGGAUGGGCGCAGGUGCUCUACUUCGCCGUGGAGGCGCUGCUCCGGUCGGGGCACGAGGACGUGUACGCCGCCGUCGAGAGGCCGCUCCAGCUCGCGCAGACCGCCGCCGUCCUCGAGAUCCUCCACGGCCUCGUCGGCCUGGUGAGGUCGCCGGUGUCGGCCACGCUGCCGCAGAUCGGGUCGCGCCUCUUCGUCACCUGGGGCAUCCUCUGGAGCUUCCCCGAGGUGCGGUGUUCUUCUCCAUGGUGCCCUUCUCCGUUCUUCUUGCUUCGUGCAUACCUCAUCCUAUCCUCUGUUUUCCUUGCUCUGUUUUCUUGUACGGCUUUGCAGACCAGGACACACAUCCUGGUGAGCUCCUUGGUCAUCAGCUGGUCCAUCACCGAGAUUAUUAGGUACUCUUUUUUCGGCACAAAAGAGCUGUUUGGAUCUGCCCCAUCAUCGCUUCUAUGGCUUAGGUAUAGCUCUUUCCUAGUCAUGUACCCAACCGGCAUCAGCAGCGAGGUUGGCUUGAUAUACAUUGCGUUGCAGUUCAUCAAGGCAUCAGAGAAGUACUGCAUUAGAAUGCCCAACAAAUGGAACUAUUCAUUUGACUACUUCUAUGCAUCAAUCCUGGUACUCCUAGUCUAUGUUCCAGGAAGCCCGCAUAUGUACACGUACAUGCUUGGGCAGCGCAAGAAGGCGCUUGCAAAGUCGAAGACUGCGUAAUCUUAUUGAUGCCUCUUACAAGAUUUGUUGGCAUAUCAUUGUGUUUCUCAUUUACAUCAGAAAAUCAAAAAUAUGUUCUUGUUCGGCACCAGCUAUGUUUAGGAUCAUCAAACUCUUGUGUCAUGUGGAUGUGGUUGUUUUUGAAUUAGCAUUUGGUUGCUACAUACAACGUCUAAACAGUAAUGACCAGCAAUAUAUUUUAGCCGUAAACCUUGCUGAAUGCAAAAUUUACCU